AUGUUUCUUGUUGAUUGGUUUUAUGGAAUUCUGGCAUCACUGGGUCUGUGGCAAAAGGAGGCGAAGAUUUUAUUCCUAGGGUUAGAUAAUGCUGGGAAGACCACUUUGCUUCACAUGCUCAAAGACAAGAGAUUAGCUCAGCAUCAACCUACUCAAUUUCCAACUUCGGAGGAGUUGAGUAUUGGGGGGAUAAAAUUCAAGGCCUUCGAUUUGGGUGGUCACCGGAUUGCUCGCAGGGUCUGGAAGGACUAUUACGAAACGGUGGAUGCUGUAGUCUACCUAGUUGACGCUUUUGACAAGGAAAGAUUUCCAGAAACAAAGACAGAGCUGGAUGCUCUUCUUUCUGAUGACUCACUAGCAAAUACACCUUUCCUUAUCUUGGGAAACAAGAUCGACUUGCCUUAUGCUGCCUCAGAGGAUGAGUUAUGUUAUUAUAUGGGUCUGUCUGACUUUACUACAGGCAAGGGCAAGGGCAAGGUGAACCUGGCUGAUUCCGGUAUCCGUCCUAUGGAGACCUUCAUGUGCAGUAUUGUCCGCAAGAUGGGAUAUGGUGAAGGCUUUCAGUGGCUCUCUCGGUACAUUAAAUAGGGAAAUCAAAUAG